CUGACGAACCCAAUCCCCUCACCAUCUAACGACCUUUACGACAUCAACGACCCUGUUACGCCCGACCCAGCGCCGCGCCAGCAGCAGCGUCCUCUACGAAGAACUCACAUUGAAGCAACAUCUCCUGGUAUCUCGCCACCUCCUCGCGAACGCUUUGCUGGGCAACGAGCCAGAAGUGAGCAUCCGACCCAUGAAUUUGACGAGUUCGCAUCGACAACAACUCCCCUAGCACCAAGCUCACAAGAAGUUUCCCCCCAAGCUGAGCGACGACCACACCGCGCACUACGAAUCUCACGAAAUACCGCCAGUGCAAUCCUCUACGCCCUCGAAGAGGCACUACGACACCCGAAGCCCUUCACACCCGACCUUGUCGAGGAGAACGCCUCGAUGUCCGACCUUAUCGGUGGAGGGCCCUCGGCCUCCGCUGGCAAUGGCCGAGGGUCGAGACCGCAAGCACCGCCGGCUAAUACUGGUUCGCCAGGUAUAAAAGGCCCCAGAGAUAUUAUGCGGGAGCGGGCAGCUCGAGAAGCCAGAAAACGGGCAGAACAAGAGCAAAAAGUGGCACUAGAGAGACAUCGAGCUGAAGAAGAGGCCAGGCUGCUUGAGGAGGAUAAUCGUAGGAGCGCGGAGAGGAGAGUGCCCGCUGGUGCUGGCGCAGCGCAAUCGAGUGGAAGAGAUGAGGGUGGCCAGCGUGGUUCUGGUGGUACCACUGGACAAAGAAUUUCUGACAACUCACAAAGAUCAGAUCGGAGAUCAGGAGACAGAACUGCUACUGGUAGACAACCAGAUGCCCCAUUACAAGGUGUCGGACGAGGUGGUACAGCUGUUGGUGGCGGCGAAGCUGCGACUUCUCGAACCCGCCCAACCCAAUCGCAGCAACAACCAAGACCAGUCGCUUCAGAAAAUGUCCGAACCAGACCUGUCCCCGCUGAAGCUGGUCCUUCUGGUGCUGACCAGUCAUCUACCCAACAACAAGGCGGCGCUGGUGGAAACCCAACUCGUUCGUCCUUCCCACACGCAUUUGAGCGAUGGGAGACCCUCUCAGCUCAUUGGGAAGGCCUGACUUCAUUCUGGAUCCGCAGACUGGAAGAUAACAGCAACGAAAUCAACCGAGAUCCACUCUCUCAACAACUUUCACGACAAGUGACCGACCUGUCAGCUGCUGGAGCAAACCUCUUCCAUGCGGUUGUUGAGCUCCAACGUUUGCGUGCUUCUUCUGAACGUAAAUUUCAACGAUGGUUCUUUGAGACUCGGGCUGAGCAAGAACGUGCACAAGAAAUCCAAGCUGGACUACAACGAAGUCUUGAGGAAGAAAGACUCGAGAGAGCUGCAGCUAUUGAAGAGGCAAUCGCAAAAGAACGAGAGAAGUCGAAUGCGGACAAGCAGCUGGCGGAAAUGAAGCGUGAACUUCAGAUCUCCAAGGAGGAAGCCAGACGAGCCUGGGAAGAACUCGGUAGACGUGAGCAGGAAGAGAGAGAACGUACUGCAUCACUGCGAGAGGGCCAGCCCACACUUGUCGGCGGUGUCCAGGUCGUGCCCAUGAUGCAAGGUGUACCAAGUCGACAUGGAAGUGCUCGUGAUCGUCCUCCGACUCGAGAAGGUCCGUACACCAGUGCUCCAUCAGGAGCUGUGCAGCAAGCUGAAGGCCCUGUCGACAGCGACGUAGCUUAUCAAGAGUACACCCGGGCUCAGCGUGAACCUGCUGACCCGUUUGUUGAACAACCAAGAACCCCUACUGGUAGACACGCCGUUCCGACAUCUCUUUCUCAACACCCGGCUUUUACCAACUCCCAAGAAUAUUCGCCAGCUCCAGCCGUCCAACCUGCAUCUACCUCUGCCUUUUACCAACAGCGGCAAGGAACCUCACUUCACCCAACUGAACAAGACCCCGCCUAUGGUGCUUCGGUUCCCUCUGAAGGUGCAUUCAGUGAAGAGGAGUAUGAAAUUGAUUCACAAGGUCGGUUCGUCCUUGAUGCUCACGGAAACAAGAUCCGUUACCGGGCUCAAUCUGACGCAGACUCAGAUGAGUACAAUGCGGACGCUGAGCGCGAACGUGAGAUUGCGCAUUUGCAGCGAUAUGGCCAAGUUUCGGGAGUUGAGUAUGGAAGCGGAGCGACUACGACUGCUGGACGUAUUGCUACAAGCCAUCCAACCAUUGGUGAGCCUGUCGAUUAUUCGGGACAGGCAUACGGUUCAGGUCCUGCGGAAUGGGCUGCUGUCCCCCGUCAUCACCACCCAACAAGAUUGUCCGAUGUAUUGGAGGAGGACGAGCGAAGUCGAACAAGCACCAGUCAAGUCAGCCGA